UCGUCUCGUCUCGUCUUCUACCCUUCCAGUCGACCUUACACUCAAGACAAAGCGAGAACCAUAGAACUCCUUUACUCAGAUCCAUCCCGAGUCCAGAGGUUCUCCCAACGACCAAACUUCUGCUAUCUAAGCUUGAUAGCCUUUGCCGAAAUACCGCUCGACAUCCGUCUUGAGCUAAAUCUCGCUGCCCACCUCCAGCAGCGUCUCUGCAUCUUUUCCUCCGAAGGCUAGCGGAAUUUACUGUGCCCAGUGCAUUGACUACUAUCAGAGUUGUUGCAUACAUCUUCAACGGCUUCCAGAGGGCCUUGGAUCGCUCUCCAGCAUUAACAGCGUCACUCGAGCGCUUUCUACCCAGCACACACACUAGAAGAUGGACGCUUCUGGGACACCAGACAAGAGUGGCGGAAAACGUAGAUUAUUUGGCUUCGGGAAGAAGAAAGACGCCGAGAAGGGUGCUGGGCCAACCUCUACACCCGCUCCAUUGAAUGCUGCAUCACUCCAGAGCUCCUCAUCACCGCAAGCUACUUCACCAGGUCGAAGCCCACGGAUUCCCAGUCUUGCAUCUCCUAGCCAGAGAUAUCGUUCAUCAUCUCCUCGAAUGCAUUCCCCAGCUUCUUCACAGAUCUUCGAACGCAAUGUGCAGGAGAGCACCCUCCUACCUGGGGAGCUUUCCCCCGCAAUUCCAGCUCACAUCACCACCGAAGAUCACAUUCCGCCAGCGCUUGAGGCAUCCACUAUAGCCAUUACUGACGACCAUCUCAAUCCCGAUGAUGUCCAGAUUGUUACACACAGUGCUCACCAUCCCGCAUCAGCAGCGGUCAGUGGCACCCCUCACGAAUCGAUGUCUCAGGCCUCUCCAGCCUCAGAAGAGUUGGCUCCACCACCAGCAAUACCGCUACACCUACAAGAUGAGGCAGGAUCGAACUAUGGCUCUAUUGAUACAGGAGAUCCCCGCCGAUUGAGCUUCAUCUCAUUCGCGGACGUCGUCCAAGCUGAGCACGAUCAAGACGACCGAGACGCUCUGAAUCUGAUGAGCCUUUCCUCUACCACAAAUCGCUCACCGUCCCCGGUGCGUUCGCCUGCGUCCUCGCACAAUUUUGGUAGCCCAUCUCCUCCUACAAGUGUGGCCGCAUCUGUACGAGGCUUGGACAAUGCUGUCAAGGCUCCUGGGAGCCCAACCACCGCCACAGGGACACACAGUCCGUCUCUAAGUGGCGAACUCAAUAUCGAGACCAUGCGCCAAGCGCUCCGCAAGACUGGGAGUGGAGACCUUGGUGGCAGUCACGUCCAGCCUGUGAGCCCAAUCAGCGCCGAACUUCCCAACGUUGACCAAACGUCAUUCAGAUAGGCUAGCUGCAUCUCUGAGAGGAUCGCAAAGCGACGAACCUCGAUCAGACCAGGCAGAUGAACAUUUUACCGGGUUCUCACGUGCAAAUAUGAUAUAUUUAUUUUACUUAUCCUGUUACAAUUUGGGCUGCUCGCUGUUGGAUAUGACGACGGACGGAGUCCCCGAGUCGACGCAGUUGAGGUUUUUUUAUUAUUGCUUACUAUAUCACGUUAUGGAGAUUGGCGAGUCUACGCAGGAACACGAAUGAUACCUUAUCUUUGCUUCAGCACUGGCUUACUUACUUGACCUGUCUCCUAUUUUCUGAAACGUGCUCGCCGAAACAGCGGUGCGUGCAGACUUUUAUUGAUGAACAACACCCGGUGCUCG